AUGGAGAUAGUGACGUACAACGUGAACGGCCUGAGCCACGGAUCGCUUCUCAAACUGCUCAACUCCUUGGACGCUGACGUCAUUUGCUUCCAGGAGACCAAAUUGCGACGGCCGGAAUUGACCGCCGAUUUGGUGAUGGCGGAGGGCUACGAGUCGUUCUUCUCCUGCACCCGGACCUCCGAGCGAGGCCGCGCUGGGUACUCCGGUGUGGCGACGUUUUGCCGGGUGGAGUCGGCGUUUAAUAGCGAUGAGGUGGCGCUGCCGGUGGCGGCGGAGGAAGGGUUCAGCGGUUUGAUUGGAGAGGCGGCGGCGGCGGAAGGGCUGGAGGAGUUUUCGAAGGAGGAGCUGCUUGAGGUUGAAGGAGAGGGACGGUGUGUUAUUACUGAUCAUCAUCAUUUUGUUCUGUUCAAUUUGUAUGGGCCAAGAGCUGGAGGCGACAAUACGGAAAGGAUUGAGUUUAAGCUCAAGUUUUAUAAGAUGUUACAGAAAAGAUGGGAGGCUCUCCUGCGUCAUGGGAGGAGGGUAAUCGUUGUUGGUGAUCUGAACAUCGCACCCACUUGUUUGGAUCGUUGUGAAGCAGAACCGGAUUUCGAGAAAAAUCAAUUUAGAAAAUGGUUUAGAUCCAUGUUGGUGGAAAAUGGAGGCUCUUUCAUUGAUGUUUUCAGAGCAAAACAUCCUGACAGAAGAGAUGCAUACACAUGCUGGUCGCAAAGUAGUGGAGCUGAAGAAUUUAAUUAUGGCUCUAGAAUUGAUCACAUUCUUUGUGCUGGUUUAUGCUGUCACGAAGAGCGAUCUCUUGAAAAUCAUAACUUUGUAGCUUGUCAUGUCAAGGAGUGUGACAUAUUAAUACAGUAUAAACGGUGGAAACCAGGAAAUUCACUGAGGUUUAAUAAUGAAGUCACUAGUGUUGGGGAAUCUUGUGCAGUAUCAAUGUUAAUGAAGAGAAAAGUAUCCGAACAAGUGGACGGAAAUAAAGAGAGUUACAGUGAGACAGAGACAAGUUUGCCUGACCAAUGUGGCACACCCUGUUCAAGAACAACGGAGGGUUCCAGCGAUUCUGCUAAGGAGGCUGCUUGUAAUACCUUGGUUACCUUAAGUAGCGAGCCUACCACACCUACGUCAGGAAAUGAAAUCAAGAAAAAAGCAAAAGGCAGUCAACUGUCCCAACUCUCAUUGAGAUCGUUUUUUCAGAAAAGCUCGAUCCCUAGCAAGAGCAGAAGUGCAAACAGUGGGCUUGAUCACCUUGAUGUCCCAAAACCUCAGACAGAUAAUUUAGAAACUAAUCAACUGCCAAAUGAAACUUCCAUUCCAGAGAAUACAAAUAGUAGUCUAUAGCAGUGUGAAUUGCACUCAAGUACAUCAGUUCACGGCGGGGAUCAAGAUGAACACAUUGCUAGUUCUUCAAGGAAAGAGAAGAAUAAUUUAGUUUUAAUGGAGUGGCAAAGAUUACAGCAAGUCAUGCAGAAUAGUAUACCACUUUGCAAGGGUCAUAGAGAACCUUGUGUUACUCGGAUUGUGAAGAAACAAGGUCCUAUUGGUCGCAGAUUUUAUGUUUGUGCCCGUGCUGAGGGACCUGCAUCAAAUCCUGAAGCAAAUUGCAACUAUUCCAAGUGGGCCGCUUCGAAACCUCGAAACAACAAAGUGAACAAAGGAUGAUGGUGAUCCAAUGAUGUGAAGCAAUGACUAAUUGAUGUCAAGUUGCUUGUUUCUUGUGUUGCUUACUCUUCCAGCUGCUGGAUUGGUGCCCCCUCAUGGUUUCUAGUAUUUUUGUAGCAACUUAUUCUUAGCAAAUGGAAGUAUAUAUGGGGCAACGAUUUUCUUUUCCA